UGCAAUCGAUGUGUUUAUUGUUGUUUUGAUUGAUUUGCAGCUAAUUUUUUGAUGACAUCGUCGCUGAAGAUAUUGGAAACAAAUGAAGCGUUCGUUCGACUCGAUGGCCAACGAUUGCAAUCACGUUGUUAUCAACGAUAGGAGUCUACGACGGGUCGGACAAUACGUGUUGGGUAUGCGUUUGGGCAACAGUCCGGUUCGGAGUAUUGUCCAGUGUCUGGCCCGUCGUGCCGACGAUCCACAAACCGAUCGCUUUUUUACCGUUAAAAUCUUGACACUCGAGAACUGGUUCAAUGAGACACAAGACGACAGACAGGGAAAGAUGUUAUUACACACAGAAUAUUCACUUUUGUCACUAUUGCAUGAUAUGAACGGUGUUUACCAUCACUACGGACUGUUCAAAGAUGAAGCAAAAGAAGAAAAGGAGGUCAACGGCCAGUGGACUUACACGGGAAUCGUCAAGAAACGCAUUUGUCUGGUAUUAGACUGUCUUUGGCCACACGAUUUCUGUACAAAAUCCAUGGAUUUAGUUAAUCUUCAGCAUCACGUCAUCAAAGAAAAGAAACUGUCCGAACGGGAAGCGCUUCGUGUUUUCUACGAAGUGGUCAAAAUUGUUUGCAAUCUACACAAGCGAAACAUUGUGCACCGGGACCUUAAGCUCGGUAAUAUGGUAUACAAUCGGCGCACCCGAUCUGUUACUUUAAUCAAUUUUUGUCUCGGCAAACAUUUGGUCAAUGAAAACGAUUUGCUAACCGAUCAACGGGGCUCUCCCGCCUACAUAAGUCCUGAUGUUUUGUCCGGUAAACCAUAUUUGGGUAAAGCCUCUGAUUGUUGGGCACUCGGAGUGGUAUUAUAUACUAUGCUUUUCGGACAGUUUCCGUUCUAUGAUUCCGUACCUCAAGAGUUAUUCCGCAAAAUAAAAUCAGCCGAGUAUUCAAUACCAAAGGACUGUCGUGUUUCGGUGAAUACUUUGUCGAUAAUCAACAAACUAUUAGUCCUAAACCCGCGACACCGUAUGACAGCUGAGCAUGUGUUGGAUGCGCUACAAACAUCACUGGCGUUGUGGUUGUCCACUAAAAAUAUAAUAUCAUCACAGCUACAGGUUGUACCCGAUGUUGAUAAUCAGCUAUUGAAGACCAAUAAGGAAGUGUCAACUGAAAUGAUGGUGAAGUCAGCUAACGAUUCGAACAAAGAGCAGCUUUCGGAAGAUUGUGAAGUUCCUGUCUAUGACAAUGAUAUCGACCGUCACUUUGGCCGCGGCGGUGACUUUCCAUUCAACGCCAGUGUUUGCCACAAACAGAACUGUUAUACUCCGAUGAACGGUCGCAUCCGAUCGACACCGAUCGGUACACUACCGGUGCGUCGCAUUGACAGUGAUGCCAAACCAUUGACAGCGCAACAGAUGCUUAUCUAUAAUCGAUUGAUGACCAAACAAUCGAUAACCAAUCAUUCAGUCAAUAAAAAUUGA